AUGUCUAAGAGCUACCAGCAUGUCCUGGCGUUGGUCUUUGCUGUAGAGAAAAUCAACAGCGACCCCCAUUUCUUACCCAACCUCUCCCUGGGUUUCCGUCUCUAUGACGACUAUUACAGUGGGAGCCAAAAUUGUGAGAAUGUCAUCAGUCUGCUGUCAGAAAGGGACACGCUUGCUCCGAUCCCACCACCUCUCUAUCUCUAUGGUUCUAAAUAUCUUUAUGGACAGUCACUUUAUAACACGAUGGUUGCAGAGGCCAGCAAUAAGGUUAAAAUAUUUCCCAACUAUAAUUGCCAGGGCUCAAAGAAGAUGGUGGCUGUCAUUGGAGGACAGACUUUGGAAUCAUCUCUAUGGGUAGCCAAUAUGUUGGGUCUCUACAAGGUGCCACAGCUGCAUCAGUCCCUUAAGAAAACAGUUUUCAACAACAAUGCUAUGGAGGAAACUCUUUUUCACAAGAGCGGAGACUUGGCAACGUACAAUGUAUUUAAUUGGAUUCUACUUCCUAAUCACUCCUUUGUGAGCCUGAAGGUUGGUGAAGUGACUCUUCAUUCUCCAGCAAACCACAGUGUCACCAUUCAUAAAAAGAUGGCCUUAUGGAGUGGCAUGUUUCUCAAGCCACCUCAUUCAGUGUGCAGCCAAACCUGCCCACCCGGAUUCCAGAAGGUCCCCUUGAAAAAGAACCCCAGAUGUUGCUUCCAGUGCAUUGAAUGCCCUAAAGGAGAAAUAUCCAACCAAACAGAUAUGGACCACUGUGUGGCAUGUGAAGAAGACCGCUAUCCAAAUGAAGCAAGAAACCAAUGCAUCCCCAAACACGUCACCUUCUUAUCCUAUGCUGAACCCCUGGGGAUCGCUGCAGCUUCCACCGCCAUUGCUUUCUUGCUCUUUGCUUCACUGGUGCUGGGAACCUUUAUAAAACACAGAGAUUCCGCCAUAGUCAAAGCCAACAAUCGCCAUCUCAGCUACAUCCUCCUCUUCUCCCUCAAGCUCUGCUUCCUCUGCUCCUUGCUCUUUAUUGGUCAACCACAGAAGCUCACCUGCCUUCUUUGCCAGUCGGCCUUUGCGGUCAUUUUCUCUGUCUCUCUUGCAACAGUUCUGGCCAAAACCAUCACGGUGGUGCUGGCCUUCAAGGUCACCAAGCCAGGCAGCAAGGCACACAUGUGGAUGAGACCCAGGCUGGCAAAUGUCUUUGUGUUGUCUUGUUCUCUCAUUCAGGCUCUGAUUUGCACAGUCUGGCUGGGAAUUUCUCCCCCAUUUCUACAUGCAGAUUUGCACUCGGAGCCUGGACACAUCAUCCUUGAGUGCAGCAAGGGCUCGACUGCUGCCUUCUACUGUAUUCUGGGCUACCUGGGCUUGCUGGCUGUGGUGAGCCUCACUGUGGCUUUCUUGGCCAGGAAGCUGCCCGACAGGUUCAAUGAAGCCAAGUUCAUCACCUUCAGCAUGCUGGUGUUCUGCAGUGUCUGGGUGUCCUUCAUCCCAACCUACUUGAGCACCAAAGGGAAAUACAUGGUGGCUGUGGAGAUCUUCUCUAUUUUAGCCUCCAGUGCUGGGUUGCUUGUCUGUAUCUUUUCCCCAAAAUUUUAUAUUAUUCUCCUCCAUCCAAGUAAGAACAAAAAAGAACAUAUAACUAGUCAGAACCGUGGGAGCCGCAUUUCCGGUGCCGCUCCAUCUCCUCCUCUCGUUUGUUCCUGGGUCUCGGCCGUGGCCAGCCUCCGGUUGAAAGUCACUUUGAGGAAGUGCCGUUAA